GCGUGCAAGGCAAUCAUGGCGGACGCUAACGCCCCGAAGAAGCGCUCCUUCCGCAAGUUCCAAUACCGCGGUAUCGAGCUCGAAGCUUUGCUCGACCUCAACCAGGCUGACUUGAUCCAGCUCUUCCCUGCUAGAAUUAGGAGACGUUUCAAGAGGGGUCUUCCCAAGAAGUACUCUGUUCUCCUCAAGAAGCUGAGGAAGGCCAAGAAGGAGGCGCCCAUGCACGAGAAACCCGAUGUCGUCAAGACUCACCUCCGCAACAUGGUGAUCUUGCCCGAGAUGAUUGGAUCAGUUGUCGGUGUCUACAACGGAAAGUCCUACGUCUCCGUUGAGAUCAAGGCUGAGAUGGUUGGAACUUAUUUGGCUGAGUAUUCCAUUACUUACAAGCCCGUCAAGCACGGAAGGCCUGGUAUCGGUGCCACGGCCUCUUCCAAGUUCGUUCCGCUUAAGUAGAUUUUUUCAUUAUGGGUAGAAGUUGAUAGAAUUCUUUGGGGAUU